AGCCUUUUUGGCCCGAGUCGGCCUGGCACCUCCACCCGCGGCCGCGUCGCGAGGGCGCGCUCCCGCUUCGCCACCGCCCGUCAGGCCAGUGCUGCGGCGGAGCUCCGCGGCGCAUUGGCUGGCGGAGGGUCGAUGCUUUCCGGGCAGGGCCAGCUGGCCGCGCGGCGGCUGAGGGCCGUCCUCUUGGGGGCCAGCCGCAGGAACGCCUCGGUUCUGGCGGCGCCCGCGCCCCCCGGGGCGGCGUCCCCGGCCUGCGGCUCGCGCGGCAUCUCUGCCUCCUUGCUCGCUGGCAGCGGCCGCCGCGAGCUUCCGGAGGUGCCCCAGGCCAUAGAGGCCCUCGGUUGGCACACCGCGAACCGCAUAGAGGAAGCCAAGUGCCUGCACCCAGCGUUCUACACCGACGAGGCGUACGCCGUCGCGGAGCGGGAGCGCAUCUUUGGCACGCAGUGGUUCGCGGCGGCCCACGUGCAGGAGUUGUCAAGCCCAGGGGACGUUAAACUCGUGGAGUUCGGAGACACCUCCAUUGUACUCACAUGCGACAAGAAGAAUCAUAUCCACGCGUUCUACAACACGUGCCGCCAUAGGGGCGCGCGGGUCUGCACGUCCAGCCAGAAGAAGUGCAAGCAGCUCGUGUGUCCGUAUCACUGGUGGGCUUAUCGCCUCGAUGGCACCCUGAAGGCGACGCCUCCCGCACACACCCCGAAGGAGCGCAAGGAGAGCCUGGGGCUCCUGCCCGUUCCUGGCGUCGGUGUCUUCGCAGGCGUCGUCUUCCUGAACCAGAUGCCAAACCCUCCCCCGCUCUUGGACAUGCUGGGUGACCUGCCAGACAAGCUCAGCAACUACGACCUUGGCGACAUGGACAUCCACAGGGCCAUUGACUACGACAUCAAGGGCAACUGGAAGCUCAUUGCCGAGAAUUUCGUCGACUUCUACCACAUCGACGCCGUGCACCCCGCGCUGGCGAAGUUUUCCAAAGUGGAGGAUCAUAUGAGCUACCAGGGCAAAGGCCAGUACGUAGGCUUCUGCACGGCGCCCCUGACGGACUGCGGUGGCCCGGGAGAUUCGCACGUGUUCAACCACUUCCCCCGCCUGCGGAAGACAGAGUCCGCCGCGGGCCUUUUCUUUCAGGUCUUCCCAAACGUUAGCUUGACCAUCUACCCGCACUCCGUCUUCAGCCUGAUAUGCUUACCUGGCUCGACGGUCGGAGAGACCAAGGAGCAGCUGUCCCUCCUCAUGGCGCCCAACGCUAAAAAGGAAGAAGACACGCCCGACCAGUAUACGCAGAAGUGCGACGACCUCUGGCAUUUCGUCCGCCGCGUGAACGAGGAGGACAUCGAGGCUAUCGAGAACCUCCAGCGCGGGCUGGUCCAGGCGCGGCAGACAGCCGUCCCGGGGGAGUUCCUCCCCAAGUACGAUUGGCCUGUCCACCGCUUCCAGAACAUGGUCCUCUCUGGGCUGCACGGGGACCAGCUGAACGAGCGCAACAUGCCCGAGUACAGCAGCACGUUCGCCCGCCAGAUGCAGUCCAGCGCGGCCUGACGCCGGGUCGCGUUUGUCGUUGCUGCCGCUGCCGCUGCCGCCGUCGUUGUCGUCGUCGUUGACGUCGUCGUCGUUGUGGUUUCAUCCCAAUUUCGCCCUCGUCCCC